AUGUGGAGCAGGCGGUUAUAUAAUAGGGAAUGUUCUACUACUGCUGCUGCCGCCAGCAGUUCGUGGUCAUACUGAUCUGCCUACUGUACAUACUGUUCGUGCUAAUCUUCUUCAUCAACGUCUUUCUGGCGGACAGUAAUUUACAUGGCGCGGGCGGCAGAGCCGGCGGCGGCAGCAGCAGCAUGGGAGGAGGCAGUCAUCACCAGAAUCCCUAUGAUAAUAUGCACGGCUACCAUGGCAAUCACCAAUACAACAACUAUCAUCCACAAAUGAAUGCCAAACAGCAGCAGGACGCAACACGGAAGACUCCCAACCAGCAGCAAGUGGAGCAGGACAUUUAUUACUAUUUCAAUCAUGUAUUCAAGCGACGACGAUGAAAAAUUGAAGCCCGACCCAAUCCGAACCGUUUCAGUAUCGCGUUGUCAGACUCCAACAUAGUAUAUAGUAGCUAACUAUAUAGAAAGCAGCAAAGAACAAGGUAGAACGUGUAAAAAGUGCAGCAGCAAAUAAUUGUAGAAUUAAUAGCCUAACACGCUGUUCUAAUGGCGACCGUGCCAACCGGUUACUAAGACUAUAUAAAAAGGCAAUAUAUCUGAUUAAACCAACCAACCAACCAAGCAAUAACUGCAAAUACAAAAUGAAUAUUUAGACCAAUAAUGGGUUUUUUGAAUUGGAUUUACACAGCUGAUGGUCUGAAACUUACAAUACAAGUACAUGCCAAGUUUGCAUUUAUCUACAAAAAGGCAGCAGUCUAUAUGUAUACUAUUUAUUGAUCGAUAAAUAUACAAACCUAUAGUAGCGCUCUAUCAUCUAAUCAUGUUCUAUACUAAACUAAAAUUUCAAUUCAAUACAAUGCAACUAAAAGUAAACUCUUAAACGUCGUACCAAUCUUCAACUUGAGCUUGAAGCCAACAGCAAUUGCUAGACAGAAAUUUCAGCAAUAGUAUCUAAUUAAAUUAGAUUAAUAGAGUCUAGUAUUUGUAAAUGUAAGAUAUAAACUCUAUUUGCUAAAAAUGCACGCACUAAGAACGCAGCUAGCAACAUUUAUGCCUAGAAACGAGGAGGAAAUUGUUAAUUAGCAGAACUGCCAACUGGUUUUGCACUGAACCGCUCCAGAAUCGAAAACUGCGGACUUUCGCUGAUCCAGAAGCUAAAAUCGAACCAAUUAUAAUAUUUAUUUUUAAAAUUAUACAAUCUUACGAUUCUAUUUCAAAUCAAUAAAAUCAACGAUACACAAAA